CUCGAGCGCUUGCCUUGUAAAGAUCUACUAUAUUUAUCCUCUUUUUACCUCACUGUUUUUGGAGCAACCAUUUUUUUUUCCACCUUUCACGUACAUUAUCACCAGUACCAAGGUGCAUACAACUGAUAAUAAACCCCUGUCAACAAUUGGUGAUUAAAUAUUUAACUUGUGACUAUCUACACUAGUAUAUCCAAUGAUCUCAAUAUCUAUAGUCAAAUCUCUCACUUGGAACUCAGGGACUCAGGUAUACAUCAACAUGUGGCUAUGUGAUAUGGAUGAUCAGGAGAUUCAGUCGACAGUGGAGUCUAUCCUUGGGCCUGGGGUAAAGGUUAUUGACUGUGAAAAAAAAUCCUCGAUAUGCGAGGAGGAAGUAUUAUUGAUUAAUGGGGUACCUAUUAAGCUUGAGGGCAAUGACAGUGUUGCUAUAAAAGAGGCGAUACUCACGGGCCAAAUACCAUCGUGUGAUCUACUUAAUCAAAUUCUUAUCAGGGCUGGAAUUCUCAGGGCUCCAGUGCGAUUGGAAACAUCACUAAGUACAAAAUCCAGUAUUGUAACUAAAGAAGAAGUCACAGUCUCUCGUAACAAUAAAGUAAUUGAUGAGCGGAGUAGAGAGACACACGAAAGCAAUUAUUAUGUGUCUUCAACGAGUGAAAUCUGGGAACCAGUGGGAAUGAUUAAAAAACCCCGGAAUCCCUGUUACAAUUCUGAUCAGUCGCGGUCAGAGUCCAGCGCUAGUUCAGACCAAGGUUACACAACCAAUAACAGCACCAAUAAUGUAUUGAGGGGAGAAGAAGAAGAACAAAAAUUAUACUCUAAAUAUGGAGAAAGUGUUCCGGAUUGUAUGCAGCAGUGUUUAAACCAAUUGAGUAAUCUUGGAUUGAGUGUGCCCGAAGUGAAUCCUACGUUAGGGGCGCUGGUGUAUCGUGAUGGAAACCUUGUUUCUGGGUCGCUGGAGGCUUUGGUGCAACACAUGGUACCUACCGAAGAGUAUUAUCCUGAUAGAGCAUAUCUUUUUGCUUUUCUACUGAGCUCACGUCUAUUUAUUAAGCCUCAUGAAUUACUCAGCGAGGUAUGCGCUUUGUGUGAACAUCAACAAAAACUCGGGGGAGAGGGUGGAAAGGUGGACGUAACUGAAUUAUGCCCUUCAGCAAUGAUCCUAGCUCAGCAAUUGACACAUGUUGAGCUCGAGAGACUCUCGUAUAUUGGACCAGAGGAGUUUGUUCAAGCAUUUGCGAAGGAGUCGCCUCAUUUAGAAACAUCUUUCAAAGAAAUGAAGAAAACUCGAAACCUCGAGUCCUACGUUUCUUGGUUCAAUCGACUGAGUUAUUUUGUUGCCACUGAAAUAUGCAAACAUGCCAAGAAGAAACAACGAGUUCGUGUAGUGGAGUACUGGAUCGAGACAGCACGAGAGUGUUUCAACAUUGGCAAUUUCAAUUCACUCAUGGCGAUUAUUGCCGGACUGAAUAUGUCACCAAUUUCACGAUUAAAGAAAACCUGGUCAAAAGUUCAAUCAGCCAAGUUUGCUAUUCUCGAGCACCAAAUGGAUCCCAGUAGUAAUUUCAGCAGCUAUCGUAGUACAUUAAAAGCUGUCCGUUCACGCUCAAUUUUUCCCUUUUCAUCGAAAAGUAUUUUUAAAGAUUAUUUUAAAAACUCAUGGACUUGCGACAAUUUUUCAUAUACCGAAUUGGUUGGAUUCCCUUCUAAAAUAUUCGCCCACUAUAAAAAAAAAAUGCCAACUAGUCGAACUAGUUUAGAAGAUCAAUAAUUGAAGGAGUGCUUCGAAUACGAAAAGCAGAGGCCUAAUGGGGACUAUGAAUCCCCCAACACCUACUUCUGCAAUAUUUGAUAAGCUUUGGGGGGCUCGGUUCAUAUUUUUUAAAUGGCUACAUCAAUAGCAAAGUACAUCAAACUUCAUGGAGUAGCAGAAUUUUUCAAUUACAGUAGGAUCGCCUCCACUAUUAUAAUAAAAUAGUUCUUCAAUAUUUUGAUAGAUCGGAGCUGAAUGCCCAGUGAGAAUCGACAACGGAAAGCAGUCUAUCAUAAUGAGAUCCAGAUCCAAUCAAAUCUCUCUAAAAACCCAUACGAAUUGACCUACAAUUAAAAUUUUAACUAGCAUUAAAAUGGAAUGAACCCAGUGGAAUUAGUGGAGUGACGUGGAAACCCUACCCCAACAAUGGAACUAAAUACUAAAAGACUCUAGAAUAUAAUUAAUGAUAAAUCUCAUAACGCGCACCACUUAAUGAAUGGAGGAAGGUUCAAUUAAUUUUAGAGUAGCACAUAGAAUUAUUCUUAUUUUUAUGUGAGACAGGAACAGUAUAUGCACAAAAAAAAACAACUUAUUAACUUUCUACAAAUUUUUUCAUAAUCUGCAUUUCUUUUUUGUAUAUAACGUUUUCUAAGUGAUUUCAUCUAGUGUAGUAAAUUAAUUAAGUAAUAUUCAAUGUUUGGUAGAUAAAAAUUAAAAGUAGAUGAUAGAUGAGUGUCGCCACAAAUCCAAUCGUUUUUUAUUUUAUUGAAAAUAAUUGAUCACACUUGAAUAAUUGAAAAUCCUGGGAGUCUAGACAUCUUUGAAGAUAUUUUCCAUGACCUCAGUAAAACAAUUAUAUCUCAAAGUAGUGGGGCAAAAUGGAUGCUGUAUGAAUAUAGUAAAGCGCAAUCAGGACCUCAAAUACCAUAGAUGAAAAGCUCAAGGGCACUAUUACCGUGUAAGAAAUAGAAUUCGAUUAUAUUAUCAAUUGAAUCAGUUGUCUAACGUUAUUAUUAAUUAUUACGUUUUGCUAUUUUGAUGCAGCAUUCAAAAUGUUCUGACACACCUUUUCGCUAUUUUCUUCAGAAUGGAGGCAUCUAUCGAGAUUAUGUAGUAAAUCCUCUCAAAAAUCGUCAUUCUCAAGCACUUUACCGAUCACACAAUCUAUACAAUCCAUUCCUUCUGUUUGCAUGUGUUCAGAGAGUAUUAUUCUGUGAUGAAAAACCAAGUUUUCGAAUUUAAUGUUGAAGUAUUUUUUAUGUCUUUUGAUUGAAUUGAAUGAUAUGUAUUUAUACUGAAAAAAAGACUUGCUACUUUUUUCUUGAAUAAUUUAAUUGAUGGUGAUAAUUUCUUCAUUGAAUAAAGGAAAAUACCUUGAAUCACUUUACUUGUUCUAUUUCUUUCAUUCCCCGAAGCGAGUACCAAAUAGGUGAAAAUGUUUUCUUCGAAAAAAUGUACACCAACAAUUAUGUGAUCAUCCUAGAGAAUCGUUUUAAUUAAUAAAAUCAUACAAAUAUAUUGAGGAGGAAAAAAAAUUGCAAAUAUCUAUCACUACCCCACCCUCUCGUUAGAGGACCUUACAUUAUUUAUUAGAAAGCUGAAAAAUGCAUUUUGCUAUAUCCUACCAGAGAUUAUAAUCUCUGAUCCUACCAGUAACUUAUUUGUCAUUAUAAUACAUCACUAUCACAUCUUUUUACUACGAUGGCCAUUCUGAAAUGUGUCACUUUAGGUUAGAAUGAAC